AUGACUAACAAUCACUCAGCGUCAGCAGAGGCUUUGCCCCCGUCAUCUGCCACCAAUGCCGUUCUUGUCGCCUCCGAACCCGUCCCUGAAGGUUCACACGAGGUCCGCGGCAUCGACUUUGAUCGUUUCCAAGGACGAGAUAUUACUGUUGCGGAAAUGGUGGACAACAUGGUGCAUAUGGGGUUUCAAGGAAGUGCUGUCGCGGAGGCUACACGCAUCAUCAAUGACAUGCGGGCAUAUCGUCACCCCGAAACAGGAGAGAAAACCACGAUAUUCCUCGGAUAUACCUCUAACCUGAUCUCUUCCGGGCUACGCGACACCAUCCGUUAUCUCGUCCGUCAUCGCCAUGUGUCCGCCAUCGUUACCACAGCUGGAGGAGUCGAGGAGGAUCUGAUCAAGUGCCUGGCUCCCACAUACAUGGGUAGCUUCUCGACGCCAGGUGCCGGGCUGCGGGCUAAAGGACUCAACCGGAUAGGGAACCUGGUCGUUCCGAACAGCAAUUACUGCGCGUUUGAGGACUGGCUGAUUCCCAUUCUCGACAAGAUGCUAGAGGAGCAGGAAGAGGCGAAGAAAAAGGCCCUCCAGACCGGGGACGAGGAGGAUGAGCUACAUUGGACACCUAGCCGCGUUAUUGAACGCCUGGGUCGUGAGAUUGACAAUGAGGACUCCGUACUCUACUGGGCGGCGCGGAACAACAUCCCGAUUUUCUGCCCGGCACUCACAGAUGGUUCGCUUGGAGACAUGUUGUACUUCCAUACCUAUCGAUCCUCCCCGCAGCGAUUGCGUGUGGAUAUUGUCGACGAUGUACGCCGUAUCAACACGAUGGCCGUGCGGGCAGCCCGUGCAGGAAUGAUCAUUCUCGGAGGUGGUGUGAUCAAACACCACAUUGCUAAUGCAUGCUUGAUGCGUAAUGGUGCUGAACAUGCAGUUUACAUCAACACCGCUCAGGAAUUUGAUGGCAGCGACGCCGGGGCCCGGCCGGACGAAGCUGUCAGCUGGGGCAAAAUUAAGGCUGAUGCAAAGGCGGUUAAAGUGUAUGCGGAAGCGACGGUGGUCUUCCCGAUGAUAGUGGCCGCCUCUUUUGCCCGGUCCAGCCCAACUCCAUCGGCCGAACACUCGCACAACAACAACUGA